UACUUCUUGAACUUCUUGAACUUCUUGUAUCAUUAUACUUGCUUCUCAUCCAAUAUCUCAGAUUUGGAACAACCCGACUGUCCUGUUGUCUACCCUAUACGAAGCAGAUCUCAAUUCCUUCGCCUGCGGGGCCGCUAUCUCUUCCCGAUAAUCGCUCCGCGGGGUUCGCCGCAUCGGUCACCAUGAGCGCCAUCCUAUCGGCAGACGACUUGAACGACUUCAUCUCGCCCGGAGUCGCGUGCAUCAAACCGGUCGAGACGCUUUCGCAGAAGGAGCCUGCAAACUCGGAGAACCCAUACGAAGUGACUAAAGAAGACAAAGUCCAGCCGGAGAAUGAGAAUGCUCCCCCAGCGGAGAUCUCGUUGACGGACUGCCUUGCGUGCUCAGGAUGUGUGACGUCGGCCGAAGCAGUCCUGGUCUCGCUGCAGUCGCAUACCGAAGUCCUGAACAACCUUGAUGCGCACCCGGAGAUUCCUGUUCACACCACACAGAAUGGAGUCGCGGCGGAUAUCAACGGCGCACCGUCGGGCGAAGGUCGCAUCUUUGUUGCAAGCGUCAGCCCUCAAGCAAGGGCCAGCUUGGCAGCUACCUAUGGGAUCUCCGAGAAGGAGGCAACGCACAUGAUCCAGCAGUUUCUCAGCGGUCCGCAGGGGUUGAAGGCUGGAGGCAAGCACGGGAGCGGCUUUACCUGGGUCGUUGACACCAACGUCCUGCGCGAAGCCGUUCUGGCUCUCACAGCGGACGAGGUGGCGGAGACGUUAGCAUCGAACAACGCCGGCAGCAACCUUCCCAAGCGACCCAUCUUAUCCUCGGCCUGUCCAGGGUGGAUCUGCUAUGCUGAGAAAACCCACCCGUUCAUCCUCCCGCACCUGUCGCGCCUCAAAUCACCUCAAGCACUGGCGGGCACUUUCUUGAAGAGUGUCUUGAGCAAGACCCUCGGCGUCCCUGCUUCUCAGAUAUGGCAUGUGGCGGUUAUGCCCUGCUUCGAUAAGAAGCUAGAAGCCAGUCGAGAAGAACUCACCGAUGCCGCGUGGAACCCAGACGCCGCGCGGGAUUCGUCCCCGGUGCGCGAUGUAGACUGCGUCAUUACCUCGCGCGAGCUGUUGACCUUGGCAUCCGCACGAGGAGUUUCCCUCCCCUCUUUACCGCUCAAACCCCUUCCCUCAUCCUACACCCCGACGUUCCCAGACGCCGCCCUGAACUCUUUCCUGUUCUCGAAACGUCUUUCCCCCGAACAAUCAACAGACGCAUCCACCUCCGGCGGCUAUCUCUACCACGUCCUCCUAUCCUUCCAAGCCCGUCACCCAGGAAGCCAGAUCGUCGCCCAGCGCGGGCGAAACGCAGACGUAGUAGAAUACUCCCUCAUAUCCGCAACGAACGAGCCCCUCCUAAAGGCAGCCCGAUAUUACGGGUUCCGAAACAUCCAGAACCUAGUGCGCAAGCUCAAGCCCGCACGAGCCUCUCGACUCCCAGGCGCGAAAGCCCCAGUAUCCACAAACCGGCGCCAACCAAUGUCACGCAAUGCAGCCGCCGGAUCAGGGCCCGAGUACGCCUACGUCGAAGUCAUGGCCUGCCCCGGCGGCUGCACGAACGGAGGCGGCCAGAUCCGCAUUGAGGAUGCGCGCCAGGCUACUACCACUACUACUAUCUCCAGCGCAGAGUCGACAGCCGAGGAUGUUCCGUUCAAGCCAUCUCCGCAUGAACAGCGCGCGUGGCUAGCUCGUGUAGAUGAGGCGUAUUAUUCAGCGGACUCCGACUCGGAGGCCCCCGUACAGCCUCUAUCUAUCAAGGACAAGGAAGAGCAGAUUCAUCAAGCCCUGCAGCGCUGGUCGGAGUUGAUCGACGUGCCUCUGUCGAAGCUGAUCUACACCACCUACCGCGAAGUGGAGAGUGAUGUGGGCAAGGACAAGACGGUGGCGCCUAAUGACACAACCCGCGUUGUCGAGCUCGCCGGGAAGAUUGGCGGGGGGUGGUAGGUAAAGUUGGGGGUCUACGAUGUACAUACCUUAAUGUUUGGUGGAUGCAUGCAUUUUAUGAGUGAGUUUGGGACGGACGGUUUGCAUUUGCAUAUAGAUACCAAUAUACUUCUUGGGUUAUACUGCUGAUAUUGGAAUCACAAGAUCUAUACGCGGGUCUCGAGGAGAAGUGGCGGGGCCUCUGGCUAGCGCAAUCGAGAAUCCAGGUAGGUUUGUACCUGUUAAAUCGAGAAGCUGUUGGGUACCGGAUUGAUCAAAAUUCUCCGGCUGGAUGAGCAUGGGCGGAUUGCCUGGGAGAACCGGUUGGAUCCUUUCACGUCUGGCUUGGACCAGUUUACGGGGGGCUUCUCCGAACGCUACGCAUUUGGUGGAAUUGGCUAGCUACGAUGGCACCCCGCGGUGCCCCCAAUUGAACUCUAAGGGCUCGGGACUCUGCAGUUGAAAUCACCCAUGACUGCUUGGUGUACCGGACUAUGCACCGCUCAUCUGUAACCGGGGAUUGAGUGGGCCCGUAAGAAGCCGAGUUUGGGGUACGAACGGUCUGCAUUCGCAUGGAGACACCAAGAUAUUUUUGAAUUACUCAUUACAAAUCCUUCCAAACAUGAUUCUAAUAGAUGCUAGGUACAUACAAGUAUGUUCUACCAUCGAUGUACGUGAAAGUUCU